UAUUGCGGGUUAUUUUCACACAGGCAACCUCGGGGACAGCCGAGCUCGGUCCUUCUGAGCAACACCCUUCCAAAAUGGCAGCCAACAGUAGCAACACGGGUUCUAAAUCAGGCACCAGUGCUGGGGGUAAACAGUCCGGCCCCUCCGCCGAACAGGUGGUGGCAACAUUUCAGAGGAUGCGUCAGGAACAGCGCAGCAUGGCUUCCAAAUCAGCAGAAUUAGAGAUGGACAUUAACGAACACAGUUUAGUCAUUGACACCCUCAAGGACGUGGUUCCAUCUCGGAAAUGCUAUCGUCUGGUCGGUGGCGUGUUGGUGGAGAGGACAGUGAAAGAAGUCUUGCCGGCACUGGAAACCAACAAAGAACAGAUCUCCAAAAUAAUUGAGUCCAUCAACACAAAGAUGCAGGAGAAAGGGCGUGAGCUGACCGAGUACAGGGAACGCUACAAUAUUCGCUUAGUGGGCGAGGGUGAAGGAGAAGCACAAGGCCAGUCAACGUCCUCCACCAACAGCGAAGGAGGCGGCCCGAAAAGUGGAGCGGGUGUUUUGGUUUCCUAAUUUUUGACACUAUGAUUCUAUGUUAGCGUCUCACAUAUUGAAAAAAGUUGGCAAAAAAAUGUAGAUUUUAAAAUGGAA